UCACAGCGCACUUCCGAGCCGCUUGUUUCCCGCCCUCUUCGCUGUAUCCGUUACAUUCUUUCGCAGUUUGUAUUAAAGCAGAAGGGAGGAGAGGAGCCCGUCACCCGUCAUCAGUAACAUCAGUAAACAGCAGAAAUGGCAGAAGCCCAUCAGGCCGUGGCGUUUCAGUUCACUAUCACUCCAGAGGGGAUUGACCUGCAGCUGUCCCAUCAGGCCCUGAGACAGGUCUAUCUGUCAGGUCUCCGCUCCUGGAAGAAACGCGUCACACGGCUGAAGAACAACGUGAUCACUGGUGUGUAUCCCGCCAGCCCGUCCUCAUGGCUGUUUGUCGUCAUCGCGAUCUUGGCCACCAUGUACACACGCUCGGACCCUUCCAUGGGCCUCAUCGCUAAGAUCCAAGAACAUCUGCCGGUCAGUGAUUCUCUGAGCGUUCAGUGUCGGACGGUGGUUUCUGCCGUGUUGUUCAGCACUCUGCUCUGGCUCUUGCUGAUCUUCACCAUGAGGCUUUGCCUGAAGCAGUUACUGUCGUAUCACGGCUGGAUGUAUGAACAACACGGGAAAGUGUCCAACACCACCAAAAUCUGGGCGGCCAUGGUCCGGAUCUUCUCGGGUAGACAGCCUCUGUUGUACAGCUACCAGGGCUCUUUGCCCAACCUGCCUGUUCCAGCAGUCAAGGACACUGUUAAGAGGUACCUGGAAUCUGCGCGUCUGUUGAUGAGCGAUUCUGAAUAUGAGAGGAUGACAACUCUGGCCAAGGAGUUUGAGAGCAGUCUGGGAAACCGCCUGCAGUGGUACCUCAAACUGAAAGCCAUGUGGGCAUCCAACUAUGUCAGCGAUUGGUGGGAGGAGUAUGUCUACCUGAGGGGGCGUGGCCCACUCAUGGUCAAUAGCAACUACUAUGGAAUGGACUUCCUGUACGUGACACCUACACCGAUUCAAGCCGCAAGAGCAGGAAACACACUGCACGCGUGUCUCUUGUACCGUAGGAAACUCAACAGAGAGGAAAUCAAACCUAGUCGUGUAGCAGUUUUAAAUGUUCCUUUGUGUGCCGCUCAAUGUGAGAGGAUUUUCAACACCACACGCAUUCCAGGAGAAGAGACUGACUCCCUGAUCCACUGGCAGGACAGUGAGUAUGUGGCGGUGUUCCACCGAGGCCGUUAUUUCCGCCUGUGGCUGUACCAUGCCGGCCGCAUGCUGUCUCCCAGAGAGAUCGAGCACCAGAUUCAGCAUAUCCUGGACGACCCGUCACCCCCGGUGACCGUAGAGGCCAAACUCGCAGCCCUGACAGCAGGGGACAGAGUCCCUUGGGCUCAGGCCAGGAAGGAGUUCUUCAGCUCAGGAGUGAAUAAGAGAUCUCUGGACUGCAUUGAGAAAGCCGCGUUCUUCGUUGCCCUAGAUGAUGACGAACAAGGCAUGAUGGGAGAUGAUCCUGCCGGCAAUUUGGAUCGCUACGCCAAGUCCCUUCUGCAUGGCAAGUGCUACGACAGGUGGUUUGAUAAGUCGUUCACUGUGGUGUUGUAUAAGAAUGGGAAGAACGGCCUCAAUGCUGAACACUCCUGGGCGGAUGCACCUAUAAUGGCUCACGUGUGGGAGUAUGUGAUGACUACCGAUUGUUUCCAACUGGGUUAUACUGAAGAAGGUCACUGUAAAGGAGACGUCGCCUCCUCCCUUCCUCCACCUACUAGACUAACCUGGGACAUACCUGCAGAGUGUCAGGAGCGUAUCGAACGCUCUCUCGCUGUGGCACAGACACUAGCCGAUGACGUCGACUUUCAUGUGUUGCCAAUUCAAGACUUUGGCAAAGGUGCAAUCAAAAAGUGUAAAAUCAGCCCGGAUGCCUUCAUUCAGAUUGCGCUACAGUUGGCCUAUUAUAGGAAUCGAGGCUCGUUCACUCUGACCUAUGAAGCGUCUAUGACCCGUCUAUUCCGCGAGGGCCGGACUGAGACGGUGCGUUCCUGCACCAGUGAGAGCUGCACCUUCGUCAGAGCUCUGGAGGGCGGAGAGAGUAAGGAAGUGUGUCGGCAUCUCUUCCGUACGGCGGCUGAGAAACACCAGCAUCUGUACAGGAUGGCAAUGACAGGAGAAGGAAUAGACAGACACCUGUUCUGCCUCUACAUUGUGUCCAAAUACCUGGGAGAGGAGUCGCCUUUCCUUAAAGAGGUGCUUUCAGAAACUUGGCGCCUCUCCACCAGUCAGACUCCUCUUCAGCAGGUGGAGCUGUUUGAUUUUGUUAACCACCCUGACUACACCACCUGCGGUGGAGGAUUUGGCCCGGUUGCAGAUGAUGGUUACGGCGUGUCUUACAUCAUCAUCGGAGAAAACAUGAUCAACUUGCACAUUUCCUGCAAACACUCAUGUCCUCAGACUGAUUCUCACAAGUUUGGAGCUGAUAUCAAGAAGGCCUUGAUGGAUCUCCUAGAGUUGAUGUCACCAGAGAAACCAGACCCGUCCAAAGCUGAGCAGAACCACUCGAAGAACAGCAAAAAAGACCUGUAGAGGUAGAACAGAUCGCCCAUGACGGUCAGAAGAAGACAUGAGGUUGCAUAUAACUAGGAAAUAGCGUUUGCGUGUGUGUGUGUGUGUUAGUUUGAAUGCACGUUUGUUAUUACACGCAAAUGUGCAUUCAUACAUUCCAUGCUUGUUGUACAAAUCGAUGCCAUGAAGCCAUGAACAACAUAAUGAUGUAAAAAUGGUGGAAGCUGCUUCGUCUAAAAAUGUAUUAGUUAAAUAAAAUAUAUAAAAGAGGAUUAAAAGCGAGAGAUAGGGGAAAACCUUGUGUGUUUUCCAGUAGGUCCAGUCCAUUUAGAUUUUGUUUGGUCCUCAUUUUUAAAUAAUGAAGAAUCGAGUUAGUGUAAUGGUUGUAGGUUCAUUACACCUAAGCUUGACCGAGGAUCUCAGUAAUGCAUCACCUCUGUACCUUCUGAUGAAGGCACUUCACUGCUCUUACAGUACAAUAAAUCACAUCCAAAUAGAAACUCCACAUCUGAACUGGUCAGUGUAAGGUGUAAGAAUAACUUGGACCUUGGACUAAAAUCCAGUGUCGAUUUACUUGAAUCCCAGAGCAGAAGUAUAUAUAAUAUAAGAUUUCAGUGACUAAUGACUCAGAAUAUUACAUGUGACUGCAGUUUUAAUGUGACUAUCCAGAUACAUUGAUGUGUUGAUCUCACUAUUAAGUCUAUUAAUUUUAAAAAAAUUUUAUGUAAAAGUACUUUUUUUUUUUUCCUUUUUACACAAGGAAGAGUUAAGAUAAAAUAAUAACUUAAUAACAAUUUACAAUUAAUUUAAUAAAUUUAAGAAUGUCUAAUAGGUCUAAAGAAAGCGAUGCCCGAGAAGAAACAUUUUUCGCCACAACACAUUUCUGAAAAUAUCUCAGGUGUUUCAAAUGCACAGUUUAACUUCAAAGAAAAAUCAAGGCCAGUUAAUUGCAAAUAGUUUGUUUAAUUUACAAAGAGAUGUCUCCUUAACAAAGCUAAGUAUGUAAUACAAAAUCUGAUAUGAUUUUAAUUUUAAAUUGUGUACUUGGAAUUAAAUCAUGUGGUUAACCUUCUAAUGAACUAAUUAGAUUGCCAGAAUGCUUUCAAAGCUAAAUGUGGUCAUGAUUAAUAUGUUUUCAAUAAUAAUACUAAACCCUUUAAAAAUAUUCCACGUAAAUUCUAUUUUCAAAAAAGUAGAAGUGUUGUGUCAUUUAAAGGAAUAUUUCACCCAAAAAUGAAGAUUUGCUGAAAAUUUACAUGC